CUAUAAAAACACACACACACCACUGGAUGCAUGGUGCAACAGACUGGAAAGAGGAGACACUCAGACACUUGUAGCAAUUCCAACACGUAGCUGAUAGCUGGAUACUCACUGAGCUUUAUUGUACUCAUAUUUAGAUAGUAGAAGAAGGUGCCAUUCCAUACAAAUGGACAGGACAGAGUGAAGACAAGCAAAGAUUUUACCUAAUUUGGCUAAUCAGCCAUGUCUGACGCAGCACGAGAUCUGGACGAGCUGUGCUAUCUCACAGCUCAGUGUAUGUCGUCGAUGGUGACCUCCGAACAUUUCCGAGUAAUCAAGGAGCUCGGAGAGGGGUCGUAUGGCAAAGUCAUGCUUGCUGUGCACAAAAAGAGAGGCACACCCAUGGCGCUGAAGUUCUUUCCUCGCAGCUCUACGACUCUCCACACUUUUCUGCGUGAAUACAACCUUUCCCUUUCCUUCUGCACUCAUCCCUCUCUCACACGUGCCCUUGGAAUCUUUUUCUCUACGCCUUCUCACUAUAUCUUCGCCCAGCAGGCUGCUCUCUAUGGAGAUCUCUACGAUGUCAUUGUGUCUGAUGUGGGGGUGAGCGAAGUGCAGGCUCAGAGUGUGAUGUCCCAGUUAAGCGGUGCUGUGUCUUACUUGCACUCCCUGGGUUUUGUCCACCGUGACAUUAAACCGGAGAAUGUGUUCCUGUGUGCCCCAAACUGUCGCUGGGUCAAACUAGGUGACUUUGGUCUCGUGCGUCCUCAGGGCACCCAAGUGCGUGCUGUCUGGUACGAAUCGCCUUUCUGCGUGCCUGAGGUUGAACAGGCCAAGAACCGAAAAAAGGACAGUACAGGAACCGAGCAGAAAGAGGAGAAAGAAAAUAUCUGGAUGCCAGUGGAUCCCAGUUUGGAUAGCUGGGCCCUAGGGAUCCUCACAUACUGCGUGCUCACCAGUUGUUUUCCCUGGGAGGAGAGCACAUCAGACGACCCAGGAUACCACCAAUUCUGUAACUGGUUCAACAAUGUAAAAGAAAAGGAGGAGAGGGACAUGGGAAAGAACGGGCAAAUGGCCAGGAAGAAGAGAGGACGGGACAUUGGAGAGGAGGAGGAGGAGGAGGAGGCAGUAGUGGUCGUACCUUCUCAGUUUGAAUCUCUAAGCACUUUAGCUUUGACUUUGCUAAGGGGACUACUGCACCCACUCCCCUCGUACCGAGCCAAGCCUGAUGAGAUCCUCUCCUACCUCGGGGGACCCUGGCUUAUGGAAACAGAGAAAGAAGAAAAAAGGAGACAGCAGGAGGCACAGGAGGAGGCCAGGAAGAUAGUAGGAAGAGGAGGAAUGGAAGAAAACCUCGAGCGGGAAAGAAAGAGAGAAAGAUAGAGAAAAGGAAGAGUGCUAUCCAAAAAAAAAAAAAAAAAAAACAGUCACUGUUAUGUAUAUGUGGGAGGUAUGCUGACAUAUGAAUAUAGUUAUAAUAGUAAAAAUAUAUAUAUUAAAAACAGAUUUAAGGUAAUUUAAGAGGCUGUUGGGUCUCUAUGCAAAAUAUUGCAGGAGGGCACUUCAACCAGCAUUUAUUAACAUUAUCUCAUAUAUAAUAUAUGUUUGGUAGCCUUUGGGGGCCCGUCCUGGCUUCGGGCCGCAAGCUGUUGCCUGGCUUGCAUGUUGAUAAGAAGCGUCUCUGAAUAUACAUUAUGAACAGAUUGUUUACAGUUAUGCACUCCGCAGAGUUGCCAUGGAAACUAUGUACUAAUUCAGUCCUAAAUGUAAUAACAUGUUCUACAGUUGUACAAAUUGUCCUCAGUAACACUUUAACAUAUCUUUAUUACAUAUUUUUUUUUUUACAAAUUGCUUUGAUGGUUGUAGCAAAUACAUUAGGAUUUCCAUAAAAACUGAAUAUUAAUACACUCAAUACUUUUCAAUGCAUUUUCUGAUAAACAUUUUUAUAUGAAAUGUUGACUUUUUAAUGUUAUACUGUACAAUGUGUUUUUUUAUUAUUAUUAUUAUUAUUUUUCAUGUACUGUAUAACCUCAUGCAUGCUGAAAUUGCACGUUCGUUCACCUGAAACUGUGAUAUUGCAAACCAGCUGGCAGACACACCAUCUUUCAUAAACAAUAACAGUAUGACAAUGUUAGGAAAAAUAAGUGACAGCCUGAACUGGUGUUAAUAGUGAGGAAUUUACAAGCUUGUUUAACAUGCAAACUGACUCCAAGAGAGUUCCUGCUGUAGACACCACUGCUCCGUGAAGCGGAUCUAGAAUUUCUGGAACUAUUUUAAUCAUGGAAUUUUAAAAUAGCUGAGAAUUUUGACAUGGCUUGUACUUUUUUUCUUUUCUUUUUUUUUACAUUAGAGAUGUAUGUAAUCAUACCUUUAAACAAAGUGCACUAUUUUCCUCUCAUAUAAGCUUGUAUCAAACAUCUU